AAACCACAAUCAUGUCCACCACACUUCUCUUCCCAAUUAGCCUAAAAAUGGCAAUCACUGUUUCUCACACUCCCAAAAAAAUGGUGGUUUUGGCUUUAGCUCUGCAGCUCUUCCUUUUGAUGGGCAGCUCUUCUGCCCAGCUCUCCACCACCUUCUACUCCAAGACCUGCCCCAACCUCCUUUCCACCGUCAGGGCUGGAGUCCGCUCUGCCAUCGCUAAGGAAGCCCGUAUCGGCGCUUCCCUCCUCCGCCUCCACUUCCACGACUGCUUUGUUAACGGUUGUGACGGGUCAAUUCUAUUAGACGACACUCCAACUUUCAUGGGAGAGCAAACAGCACCUCCAAAUAAUAGGUCUGUUAGAGGCUUUGAUGUCAUAAAAGAUAUCAAGAGUAGCGUAGAGAAAGUUUGUCCUAGCGUUGUCUCGUGUGCUGAUAUUUUGACUCUUACUUCUCGUGACUCUGUCGUCAUUUUGGGAGGGCCAAGCUGGGAGGUGAAACUAGGAAGAAGAGAUUCCAAAACAGCCAGUUUCUCCGCUGCCAGCAGCGGCGUCAUCCCUCCACCGACCUCCACCCUUAGCAACCUCAUCAACCGGUUUAACGCCGUAGGCCUAUCAACGAAAGACAUGGUUGCCUUGUCCGGGGCCCAUACGAUUGGACAGGCGAGGUGCGUAAGCUUUAGAAACCGCAUAUACAACGAGUCCAACAUAGAUGCUUCGUUCGCCAAGCUAAGACAGAGAAAUUGCCCAAGAAGUGGAGGAGAUGACAAUCUUGCCCCCCUCGACGUCGUGACACCAAAGCUUUUCGACAACUAUUACUACAAGAACCUUUUGAACCAGAAGGGCUUACUCCACUCCGACCAGGUCCUCCACAACGGCGGAUCUACCGACUCAUUGGUCGAGCUAUACAGCAAAAACGAUAAGACCUUCGAUGCCGAUUUCGUGGCGGCUAUGAUCAGAAUGGGAGACAUCAAGCCGCUCACCGGAUCACAGGGCGAGAUCAGAAAGGUCUGCAGCAGACCCAACUGAUUAUCUCGUUCGAGAUUCUGAUGUUACACAAGAACUUUGACUUGUAUUAAUACUAAACUUGAGCCAAAUAAUGGAUUUUUAUCCUUUUUUUUUUUUUAAGAAAAGAAGAAAGAAUUAUUAUAACUUACUUGGAAGGUAAAAGUAAAAGCAUGGAGUAUCUGAUUACCGAUAGAAAUUUUCGGUAAUAAUUAUUUUCGAAGUACUUUAUAAUUUGUAAUUUUCUGUCC